AGAGAGAGAGAAACAGUGAGUUAGAGAGUUAGAGUUAUAGUGUGUGUAUGUGUGUUGCUGUCUGUCCAUGUGUGUGUGUGUGUGUGCGUGUGUGGCAGUCAGCUGUGUUUUGCCAGCCAGAUACUGUGUGACAGUGACAGUGUGUUUGGUGACAGUGUGUUUGGUGGUUCAGUGUCAUGUGCACUCCGUCGCUGCAUUUGCCUGCUGACACUGCCAUUGACUAAAGCCGUCGGCCAGUUGCGUAUCGGUUUGUGUAUGUGGCUGAGUGUGUGUGUGUGUGUGUGUGUGUGCGAGAGUUUAAGUUUAAUCUGGAAAGGAUAGCCCUUGUGUGACACGUCGUUUGCUCUCUGGAUCUCUCUGGUUUCGGACUAUCAAACGGACUGGAUCGGAACGCAACACGCUCAAUUCCUGUCGGCUCUGCCGGUUGCCCCUGGUUACGCUUGUUUGCUUGCCCUCUACCGAGACUAACAUUUGGUGGUGGUGGUGACGGUGGUUGUGAGAGCCGCUAUCCCCCACACCCCCUCCUCCUUUCCUCUACUUCCAUCUGUCCGUCUGUCCAGUCCGUCCGUCUAUCUGCCCUCAUGGCCUCCUGGGUAGAGAAGUUGCGGAUGUCUCUCGGUAACCCGACCCCUCCUUCCUCCUCCUCCCCCUCCUCCUCAUCCUCCUCACCCUCAUCAUGUCUGACCCAGGUGCUGACACCCUGCCUGCCCCUACCCCCCCUGCCCCCUCCGCCCCCUCCCCCGGAGAUGUUCCGCCGCAAGAAGAAGCGCAGGCGCCCGGAGAUCUCCUCGCCGCAGGACUUCCAGCACCGCGUGCACACCUCCUUCGACGUGGCGCGGGGAUGCUACGUGGGCCUGCCCCCCCAGUGGCAGAGCAUCAUCGAGAACCUCAAGAGGCCCAAGCCCCUGGUCGACCCCUCCACCAUCACCACCGUCGACCUCAUCCCCAGGAAGACCAUUGUGCGGGGCAGCUUCAUCGGUCACGGCGACUACAUCGCGGCGGCUCUCAACCAGAUGGCGCGCCUCUCCGUCUCCAGCUCCAACUCGCUGCGGCGCACCAGCCCGUCGCUACGGAAACGCGCCAAGUCCAUGGGCCGCAUCGGGGAGGUGCCGGAGGGUAGCGGUGGCAUCGGCGGUGGGUACCAGUACGAGGAGAUGGUUGCCGAGGAGCAGGGCAUGAUGGGACGCGGUAGCCCCUCCACGGGGUGGCAGGGCAGGUCCAGGAGCGUCCGCAGUGAGAGCGGAAGCCCGCGGACACCUGGCCGGAUCGGAACCGCACCGCUGCUACAGCUCCCCAACAGCAGCGUUGGUACGCCCCGUGCCAAGUCCGUCCACGAGGUGUGCCUGGUGCCCAUAGCUCAGCCCAAGGCCACGCCCACCAGAGGCGGAGCCUCAUCACCACCCUCCCCACUCAGGAGCAGCGCGGAGAUGGGCCGGUACGCGCGCAGCGAGGCGCCCUACGCUCAGCCAAUGGGCUCGGUUCAAAGGGUUCCUGCUGCGGCCAAUCAGAGGCCCACUUCCUGUCUUUUGAACUACCUGCCGUCCAAUCACACGCCCAGCAAGGUGACUGUUAGCCCCAAACUGGGUGGGAUCUCCAAGGACACCCCGAGGAGGCCGCACUCCACUUACGACUUCAAGACGAGUUCACUGGGCUAUGCAGCCGUCUCUCAGCCCAACGGCACAAGCACCCCCAAGUCAGGCUACAGGGCGUCCAUCCAGCUGGGCCCAGAGCCGGGUGUGGGCCCCAGACAGGGCCCUCGCCCUUUCUCCAGCCUCUCCAUGGGGCCCUCCUCAGGCUACCACCUUCAGGGGGGGCAAGAUGGCCUGCGUCCGACCCCAGCUGGGGCUCCCUCUGCUGGGCCAGCAGAUCAUGGUGGCUCCCCUCCUGUACGACUACGCCCAGCCCAGACCCCCUCACCCGAGCCAGAACCCCCCAAGGUGACGCACGAGCAGUUCAAGGCGGCGCUGCAGAUGGUGGUGGACAAGGGUGACCCGCGGGCGUACCUGGAGAACUUUGUGAAGAUUGGCGAGGGCUCGACUGGAGUGGUGUGCAUCGCCCGCGAGCGCCACACGGGGCGCCAGGUGGCAGUCAAGAUGAUGGACCUACGCAAACAGCAGCGGAGGGAACUGCUGUUUAAUGAGGUGGUUAUCAUGCGUGACUACAGACAUAAGAACGUGGUGGAGAUGUUUAAGAGUGCGCUGGUGGAGGAGGAGCUGUGGGUCAUCAUGGAGUACCUGCAGGGCGGCGCUCUAACCAACAUCGUCUCAGAGACCAGGCUAAAUGAGGAGCAGAUAGCUACGGUGUGUGAGGCGGUGUUGCAGGCUCUGGCCUAUCUCCACUCACAGGGCGUCAUCCACAGAGACAUCAAGAGCGACUCAAUACUGCUCACACUGGACGGACGAGUGAAGCUGUCGGACUUUGGCUUCUGUGCCCAGAUCAGUAAGGACAUCCCCAAGAGGAAGUCGCUGGUGGGGACGCCAUAUUGGAUGGCCCCCGAGGUCGUCUCCAAGACGCCAUACGGCACAGGGGUGGAUAUCUGGUCUCUGGGCAUCAUGGUCGUGGAAAUGGUGGAUGGGGAACCGCCCUACUUUAACGAGACGCCCGUUACUGCCAUGAAGAAACUGCGGGAUGAGCCCGCUCCCAGCGUCAAAAACACACACAAGGUCUCCCCCAUCCUGAGGGACUUCCUCUCCUCCAUGCUGACGCGGGACCCAGCGGAGCGAGCGAGCGCCUCCGACCUCCUCCAGCACCCCUUCCUGCUGCAGUGCGGCGCCCCACGCUGCCUCGUGCCCCUCGUGGAGCAGUUCCGCAAGAGGAUGUCCCUCUGCUGAGGGGAACACUCUCUAACCUCCCCUGAGCGUGGAGAACUUGCCCCGACUGAGGAGAGGGGCGCCCCACGCUGCCUCGUGCCCCUCGUGGAGCAGUUCCGCAAGAGGAUGUCCCUCUGCUGAGUGGAGCACUCUCUAACCUCCCCGCCUCAACCUCAGCCACCCAAAUAAGUGUGGAGAGAACACUUAGCCCACCCAAAUGAGCGUGGAGAACUUGCCCCGACUGAGGAGAGGGGCGCCCCACGCUGCCUCGUGCCCCUCGUGGAGCAGUUCCACAAGAGGGUGUCACCCUGCUGAGAAAUAUUCUCUAACCUCCCCGCCUCAACCCCAGCCACCCAAAUAAGUGUGGAGAGAACACUUAGCCCACCCAAAUGAGCGUGGAGAACUUGCCCCGACUGAGGAGAGGGGCGCCCCACGCUACCUUGUGCCCCUCGUGGAGCAGUUCCGCAAGAGGAUGUCACUCUGCUGAGAAAUAUUGUCUAAUCUCCCCGCCUCAACCUCAGCCACCCAAAUAAGUGUGGAGAGAACACUUAGCCCACCCAAAUGAGCGUGGAGAACUUGCCCCGACUGAGGAACAGGGUGCCCCCGCGCUGCCUUGUGCCCCUGGUGGAGCAGUUCCGCAAGAGGGUGUCACUCUGCUGUGAAAUAUUCUGUAAUCUCCCGGCCUCAACCCCAGCCACCCAAAUAAGUGUGGAGCGAACAAUACCCCACCCAAAUGAGUGUGGAGAACUUGCCCCGACUGAGGAACGGGUCGCGCCACGUUACCUUGUGCCCCUCAUGGAGCAGUUCCACAAGAGGAAGUCACUCUGCUGAGGAACACUUGCUACGCUCUACACUCUUCUCUGGAGAGAACUUGUGCUCACAAGUGAGGAACACUCUUGCUGCAGAGUGAGGAACAUCUCUAUGCAGACUGAGGAACAGUGGCUGCCAGCGAGGAACAUCUAUGCAGAAUGAGGAAUGCUGACUGUCAGUGAGGAACAUCUAGGCCCUACUAUGUCCCUUGGCCCAGGAUAUGGGGACACUUGACUCCCCAUAUUCAGCGGGGAGAACUUUUGCACACAAGUGAGGAGCAUCUCUAUCCAGACUGAGGAAUGCUGGCCCUCAGUGAGGAACACUUGGCCGUGACCAGCUCUGCAAGAAGAUGUCAUUCUGCUGAGGAAAAGGCAAAGUCAUCGCCCCCCACCCAGGACAUAUAAUGAGGACCCACUUCUGGGCCUCCUCUGUCUCUUGGCCCAGGAUAUGGGGACACUUGACUCCCCAUAUUCAGUGGGGAGAACUUUUGUACACAAAUGAGGAACACUUGCUGCAGAGUGAGGAACAUCUCUAUGCAGACUGAGGAAUGCUGUCCCUCAGUGAGGAACACUUGGCCCCGAUCGUCUCUGCAAGAGGAUGUCGAGCUAUUGAGUAAUACUUGCUCCUCAAGGUGCAAAUACUGUUGGGUGUUUUGUAUUUUCUUAGAGACACAAAAAUGUCUAGGGUUUUUUUGCCCCUGGACCUUGGCCUGGAAGCAAUGAAUCAGCUCUAGCUAAGGACUGAAGAGGCAUCUGCUGGUACACCUUAACUCCCUGGAUGGAUGAGGAGUGUUUGCGCUAGCUGAGGAACAUUUGUCCACCCCACCUUUUCAUUUCCACAGGGGCAAUUUCUGACGCAGGAGGCAGGCAUGCACAGCAAAGCAGAUUGUAAAGGUUGUGGCAACACUGUUUGUGUGUGUGUGUGUGUGUGUGUGUGUGUGUCUGUGUCUGUGUGUGUGUGUUUCUGUGUGUCUGUGUGUGCAACCAAGGUCAUCCAGUACAGUCCAGACCAAGUAUCAAACUUAUGACCUCACAGAAAACUCCUGUAUGAGAGGUAGGCGUGCUACUGUGAGCUAAAGGCCAGGGGUCCGUUUCUCGAUUCUUGUCGUUGCUAACCGUCUUAAGACCGUCUUAAGACCGUCUUCCCAUUCCCUUGGAUUCAGUGGUGAGCGUUGCUGUCGAGAGAGAGUUGAGUCGAUCUUACGAAGGACGUUGCUACCGUCGUUAGCAAAGACACUUUCGAGAUACGGACCCCAGGCUUCUGUCCCAGUCAGUACUGCCCUACAAAGCCAAAGUGUGGUAACUACGCCAACGUUGAAACUGAGGAAAAUGCCUUCAAAGCCUACUUUGCCUUUGUAUGGGUGAGAGUAGUGUAGUGUGCAGGAGGGAGGUUUACUAAUGCUCCACAGUAAACACUACUAUUGUGUGUGUUUGUGUGAAUGUAUGCAUCCACGGGAAUGUUUACAUCCAUGUGUAUGUGGAGUGGUAGUGGGGGUGGUAGGCCUAUAUCUGGGAUAUGUGGGUUGAGGAAUGCGUACCUGCUCCAAGCUCAGGUAUACCCAUGAGCACUUUUCUCCAAUUUGUGGGAAAGCACCGAACCUGGAGGAUUUUGAAACGAGAACAUUUGGAAACAGCACAGGGGGGGAUUUCAAGUCUCGAAUAGCUCUCUGGUACUUUUUGUUGUUUGUUUUCUCAAUCUCUCUAUCUCUUGCACUUUGCAUCUUUUUCUUCUGUCUGUCUCUGUCUCUGUCUCUCGCUUUUUUACAUUACAUAUGUGUGUGUGUGUGUGUGUGU